AUGGCUCAAGCUGCAUUAUCACUCGGUGGAGAACGUAUUACAGGCGAUUCAGUUCGUACUCAAAAUGUUCUAGCUGCUAUGACUAUUGCAAACAUUGUUCGAACAUCAUUAGGUCCACUUGGUCUUGAUAAAAUGCUUGUCGAUGAUAUAGGAGAUGUAACUAUAACCAAUGAUGGUGCAACAAUUCUUAAAUUACUUGAAGUUGAACAUCCGGCUGCAAAAGUACUUGUUGAAUUGGCUCAAUUACAAGAUCAAGAAGUUGGUGAUGGUACAACUAGUGUAGUAAUCAUUGCUGCAGAAUUAUUAAAAAAUGCUGAUCAACUUGUUAAACAAAAAAUUCAUCCAACAUCAGUUAUUAGUGGUUAUAAACUUGCUUGCAAAUUAGCAGUAAAAUAUAUUCACGAUAAAAUGGUUAUUAAUGUUGAUGAAUUAGGUAGUGAAUGUUUAAUUAAUGUUGCUAAAACAUCGAUGGCUAGUAAAGUUAUUGGAAUGGAUGCAGAUUUUUUUGCUAAGCUGUGUGUUGAUGCAGCAAAUCUUGUUAAAUUUAAUGAAAAAGAUAAAAUAGUAGUACCAAUAAAAUCUGUAAAUGUAUUAAAAGCUCAUGGUCGAUCAACACGUGAAAGUAUUUUAAUAUCAGGCUAUGCAUUAAAUUGUACAGUUGCUUCACAAUUAAUGACAAAACGAAUAACAAAUGCUAAAAUAGCAUGUUUGGAUUUUAGUUUACAAAAAGUACGAAUGAAAUUAGGUGUUCAAAUUGUUGUUGAAGAUCCUGAAAAACUUGAAGCUAUUCGAAGACGAGAAACUGAUAUUGCUAAAGAACGUGUUGCAAAAUUACUUAAUGCUGGAGCAAAUGUUAUAUUAACAACAGGUGGUAUUGAUGAUCUUUGUUUAAAACAAUUUGUUGAAGCUGGAGCUAUGGCUGUUAGACGUUGUAAAAAAGCUGAUUUAAAACGUAUUGCUAAAGCAACAGGAGCAACAUUAUUAACCGCUUUAGCCAAUAUGGAAGGUGAAGAAUCAGUUGAUGCAUCAGUUAUUGGUAGUGCUGAUGAGGUUGUUCAAGAACGUAUUUGUGAUGAUGAACUUAUUCUUAUUCGAGGACCAAAAGCACGUACAGCUGCAUCAAUAAUAAUACGUGGUGCAAAUGAUUUUAUGUGUGAUGAAAUUGAACGUUCUGUACAUGAUGCAUUAUGUGUUGUUAAACGUGUACUUGAAUCAAAACAAGUUGUACCAGGUGGUGGUUGUUGUGAAACAGCAUUAUCAAUUUAUUUAGAAAAUUUUGCUACAACAGUUAGUUCACGAGAACAAUUAGCUAUUGCUGAAUUUGCAUCAGCACUUUUAUCAAUUCCAAAAGCAUUAAGUGUUAAUGCUGCACAAGAUGCAACAGAACUUGUAGCUAAACUUCGUGCUUAUCAUAAUGCAUCACAAACACAAAAGGAUAAAGAACAACUUAAAUGGUUUGGUUUAGAUCUUCAAACUGGAAAAGUUCGUGAUUCCAAAUCAAGUGGAGUAUUUGAACCGGCUAUAUCAAAAAUAAAAUCAUUAAAAUAUGCAACUGAAGCAGCUAUAACUAUUUUACGUAUUGAUGAUAUGAUUAAACUUGAUAAAGAAGAAAAAAAAGGUGGACACGGUGAUGAAUGCAUGUAA